AUGGCCCUCCCCAAGCCUCCUCAGGCAGCCCGGCACGCUGCCGUCUCCCUCUCAGCUGCCGAGGCGUUGACGCCGCUGACCCAGUCCACAUACACAACACCGACCCUCAGAUUCUAUCUCAACGGCAACAGAGUUGAACUUGACAGCCCCGACCCGCAUUGGACUCUACUCGACUUCAUCCGCGCGCAGCAUGAUCUCAAAGGCACAAAACUCGGCUGCGGCGAAGGCGGCUGUGGAGCCUGCACCGUCGUCCUCAGCUCCCCCAAGCUUUCUCAAAGGACCAAGAAGGUCGAAUACCUCGCCGUCAACGCGUGCUUGUUCCCGCUCGUCGGCGUUGACGGCAAGCAUUUGAUCACCAUCGAAGGCCUCGGUACUGCCGACAACCCCCACCCUCUUCAGGAGCGCAUCGCAAAGCUACAUGGCUCGCAAUGCGGUUUCUGCACACCGGGCAUCAUAAUGUCUCUCUACGCUGUAGUGCGCAAUGCCUACAAUCCGGAAACCCAGGAGUUUGAUUUGACCGAGGACACCAUCGAACGAGAAGGACAUCUCGACGGGAAUCUUUGCCGAUGCACAGGUUACAAACCAAUCCUGCAGGCGGCGAAAACCUUCGUCACCGAGGACUUGAAGGGCAGAUUGACUCCGGAGAAAGACUCCUCGAAAACUCGUGCCGUCGAAAUUGAUCUCACGGACGCAGCCCCGAAAGCCGGUUGCGGAUCUUCAGCCAAGGGCUCGUGUGGAAGACCAGGGGGAUGUUGCAGAGACAACAGUCCAUCUUCAAGCAGCAACAACGAGUCCGACAGCGAAAAGUCGACUUCAUCUUCUUCGGCAGUGACUGAGCCGGACCCAUCACCUCCAACAGCCGAAAUUACUGAGCAGCCUAGAAAAGACUCGGCGACGAGCGGCACGGCGUACGCAAAACCACUCAAAUCCAGGGAGCAUGACCCAGAGGGCAAGAAGGUCCAAACAGAACUUGCUGCACCCUUGGCCGGAUCCCGCAAGGGCGUGCCACACUUCACCUUCAAGCCCUACCAACCAGACACCGAACUCAUCUUCCCGCCUAGCCUGUGGAAGCAUGAAAAGCGCCCCUUGUGUUUCGGCAACGACAAGAAGAUCUGGUUCCGACCUACCACUCUUGCGCAACUAGUCGAGCUCAAGAGCUCCUACCCCUCGGCCAAGCUUGUCGGUGGCGCGAGCGAGGUCCAAGUCGAAGUCCGGUUCAAGGGCUCCGAUUUCGCCGUGUCUGUCUACGUGUCAGACAUCGAAGAGCUCCAGGAGACGAAGGUGCCAAAGUCCGAAGCGGAGUGGGAUGCCAUGAACGAGAUUUACCUGGGAGCCAACACACCGCUCAGCGAGCUGGAGCAUGUCUGCAAAGCCGUGUACGACAAGCUCGGCCAACGCGCCCUGGCCCUGGAAGCGCUCCGAAAGCAACUGCGGUACUUUGCCGGCCGCCAGAUCCGAAAUGUGGCAUCCCUAGCCGGAAACGUCGCCACGGCAUCGCCCAUUUCAGACGGCAAUCCGGUUUUGCUGGCUGCCGGUGCGCAGGUCAUGGCCCGCAGCAAGAAAGGCGGCACCCUCGCACUUCCCGUGUCCAAGUUCUUCCUUGCUUACAGAACCACCAGCCUGCCUCCGGACGCAGUGAUCACGCACGUUCGCAUCCCGCUUCCCCCAGCGGGGACGCGCGAGAUUACAAAAGCGUACAAGCAAGCAAAGAGAAAGGAUGACGACAUCGCUAUCGUGACAUCAGCAUACCGGGUCCGCUUGGAUGAUGGCGGUGUCGUUACAGACAUUUGUCUUGCCUAUGGCGGCAUGGCACCCACCACGAUCGAGGCGAAAGGCGCAAAGAAGGCAUUGCUCGGGAGGACAUGGUUCGAGUCGACGACUUUGGAGGCCGGAAUGGAUGCUUUGGCCGCGGACUUCGACCUCCCGUUCAGCGUGCCUGGAGGAAUGGCACACUACCGCAGAACUCUUGCCGUGUCGCUCUUCUUCCGCUUCUGGCACGAGGUCGUGGCAGAGCUGGGCCUUGGAAAAGUGGACAAAGACCUCAUUCAGGAGAUCCAUAGGGAAAUCUCGUCAGGCACCCGUGACAACUACAACCCGCAUGAGCAGCGGGUCGUUGGGAAGCAGGUCCCGCACCUGUCGGCACUGAAGCAGUGCACUGGGGAGGCGCAGUACGUGGAUGACAUUGAGCGCCAAGACAGAGAGUUGUAUGGCACUCUGGUCAUGUCCUCGAGGGCGCACGCGAAGCUGGUUGAAGUCGACUGGACGCCCGCGCUGUCAAUGCCAGGGGUGGUCGGGUAUAUCGACAAGAACAGCCUUCCAAAGGAGGCCAAUAUCUGGGGCUCCGUGAAGAAAGACGAAACCUUCUUCGCUGACGGCGAAGUCCUUUCCCACGGCCAUACCAUCGGCAUGGUCUACGCAGAGACGGCGUUGCAGGCCCAGGCUGCCGCGAGGGUCGUCAAGAUCGUCUACGAAGAUCUCCCGGCAAUCCUUACCAUCGACGAGGCCAUCGAGGCCAACAGCUACUUCGCUCACGGCAAGCAGCUCAAGAAGGGACUCGCGAUCCACGGGAAGAUGGACGAGGCGUUUGCAAAGUGCGACCGGAUAUUCACUGGCGUCACCAGAGUCGGCGGGCAGGAACACUUCUACCUGGAAACCAACGCCGCCCUGGCCAUCCCUCACAAAGAAGACGGCUCCAUGGAAGUAUGGUCUUCGACCCAGAACACCACCGAGACGCAAGAAUUCGUCAGCCAAGUGCUCGGCGUCCCAAGCAACCGGAUCAACGCCCGGGUCAAGCGCAUGGGCGGCGCCUUCGGCGGCAAAGAGUCUCGCAGCGUGCCCAUCGCCUGUCUCUGCGCCAUCGCCGCGAGAAAGGAAGGCCGGCCCGUGCGGAUGAUGCUCAACCGCGACGAGGACAUGAUGACGACGGGCCAACGACACCCGAUCCAAGCACGCUGGAAGGUCGGCACGACGGCGGACGGCAAGCUGCUCGCCCUGGACGCCGACGUCUACGACAACGCGGGCUACUCGCAGGACAUGUCGGGCGCCGUCAUGGACCGCUGCUGCACGCACAUGGAGAACUGCUACAACGUGCCCGACGUGUGGAUCCGCGGGCACGUGUGCCGCACCAACAUCCACAGCAACACGGCGUUCCGCGGCUUCGGCGGCCCGCAGGCCAUGUACAUCGCCGAGCAGAUGAUGCACGCCAUCGCCGAGGAGGCGGGCCUCGACGUCGACGAGCUGCGCGUCAAGAACCUGUACCGCGUCGGCGACCGCACGCCCUUCCUGCAGCCCAUCGACGAGGACUGGCACGUGCCCACGAUGCUCGACCAGCUCAAGCGCAGCGCCGACUUCGAGGCGCGCAAGCGCGCGGUGCGCGACUUCAACCGCGCGCACCGCUGGCGGAAGCGCGGCAUCAGCCUGAUCCCGUCCAAGUUCGGGCUCAGCUUCGCGACGGCGCUGCACCUCAACCAGGCCGGGGCGUACGUCAAAGUGUACGCCGACGGCAGCGUGCUGCUGCACCACGGCGGCACCGAGAUGGGCCAGGGCCUGUACACCAAGAUGUGCCAGGUGGCGGCGCAGGCGCUGGGCGUGCCGCUCGACGCCGUCUUCAACCCGGACUCGCAGAGCUACCAGGUCGCCAACGCGUCGCCGACGGCCGCGUCCAGCGGCAGCGACCUCAACGGCAUGGCCGUCAAGGACGCGUGCGACCAGCUGAACGAGAGGCUGCGGCCGUACUGGGACAAGUACGGCAGGGACGCCGAGUUCAAGACGAUCGCGCACGCCGCGUACAUCGACCGCGUCAACCUCGCCGCCAACGGGUUCUGGAAGAUGCCCCGGAUCGGAUACGUGUGGGGCGAGUACGACGUCGACAAGGUGAAGGACAUGUACUACUAUUUCAGUGAGUUUCAGCCCUCUCUCUCCCCCCUUCCACCACAACACCUGCUAAAACUCGGCGACUCGCCCACAACAGCCCAAGGCGUCGCCUGCUCCUCGGUCGAGCUCGACCUCCUCACCGGCGACCACACCGUCCUCCGCACCGACAUCCUCAUGGACGUCGGCCAGAGCAUCAACCCGGGCAUCGACUACGGCCAGAUCGAAGGCGCCUUCGUGCAGGGCGUCGGCCUCUUCACCACGGAGGAGUCGCUCUGGACGGCGCCCGCGAGCGGCGGCCAGCUCGCCACCCGCGGGCCGGGCACCUACAAGAUCCCCGGCUUCUCCGACAUCCCGCAGGUCUUCAACGCGGCCAUGCUGCGCGUGGACGCCGAGGGCCGGCCGCUGACGUGGAAGCAUCUGCGGAGCGUGCAGAGCAGCAAGGGGAUCGGGGAGCCGCCGCUGUUUUUGGGGGCGACCGUCUUCUUUGCGCUGAGGGAGGCGGUGAGGGCGGCGAGGAGGGAUAAUAACGUUGGUUCUGGCGAGCUGGCAUUGGCAGGCGGUAUGGGGGAGAGGUUCUGCUUGGAGAGCCCCGCGACGGCGGAGAAGUUGCGAUUGGCGGUCGGCGAUGCGAUUGUGCAGAGAACGGCGGUGCGGCGGAAGGAGGGGGAGUCGCCGUUUUUUGUGACGGUUGCUUGA